UACAAUAUAAAGAUCAAAUAUCUACAAAUAACUUCCAUUUGUUAAAUUCUAACAUGUUUGCUAAACCCAAAAAAGCAUUAUUUUAUCAAACCAAAGAUGUUAUACAUAGUUAUUCUAAUUUUAAGAAUGUUGAAUCCAUAAGUAUCGGAGAGUCUGAACGGUUUUAUAAGGCAACGUUUAAGAGUUAUAAUAUAACUGCGAUCUUAAAACCUAUUACUAUACCUCAACAAUUUUCCUUAAAAGAACUUGUUAAAGAAGUUGACCGGUACCGAAAUAUUAAACGUCAUGAUAAUAUUUUAAGAAUGUUUGGAUUAACUAAGCCGGAUUCAAACUCAUAUAUGUUGAUUCUCGAUUAUGCCAACGAUGGAACUCUUCGUCAAUAUUUGGAAAUUAAUUUUAUGUUGAUGAGAUGGAAAGAUAAAUUAUAUCUUGCCAAGCAGAUUGCAAACGGGAUUAAUCAUUUACAUUCCAAUCAUAUUAUACAUGGACAUUUGAAUUCCGAAAAUAUUCUUGUUCAUCAAGGAAGCAUUAAACUAUGUUUUUCAUCCAAAAUUUUUAUGAAGCAAAAUCAAUGUCAACAUUUCCUUUCUUUUGUUCAAUACUUUGAUCCUCAAUAUUUGCAAAAUCCGCAAACCUUUGAUUUAAACCAAAGCUCUGAUAUAUACAGCGUUGGUGUACUUUUAUGGGAGGUUUCUAGCGGUACUAUUCCAUUUGAGUCAGAUUCUCCAUUUGGUUACAAUUGUUUACACGAUAUUAUAAACGGAAAGAGAGAAACAGAAAUUCCUGGAACUCCUCGAGAAUAUUCCUUGAUUUACAAAGACUGUUGGAACCAUCAUGCAAAUAAACGUCCAAGUAUUCGACAAGUUAUUUCACGUCUAAAUAAGAUAAACGAAAUAAUGAUCGAAGAAUUAGAUUAUAUUCAUAAAGAACAAAACAAAGAUCAAUCUGAUCAAGAUUCAAUUAAUAAAUCUGACGAUUGGCAUAUAGUUAUAGGAAAAUUACUUCAAUACUUUAUAUCUCAAUUUAAUGAAACCACUAAUUCUACUCAAAUAACCAAUAAUUUAAUUAAUUAUUUUGAAGCUAAUCAAUUAGAUCCUUUUUUAAUAUUUAAUCAACUUGCUUAUCAAGAUCAUAAUUUUAGUAUGAUCGGUUAUUUUCAUGAGCAUGGAAUCGGUACUGAUGUUGAUUAUCAAAAAGCUUUCUGGAUGUAUAAAUUAUCUUCGGAAAGCACUGUUAAUCUAGAUGAUUCGUCUUUAAUUGAACAUCCAGAGUAG